AUGUCACAAGAGAACAAAUCGAACAGUUUGAAGAGAAGCUACCCGGAGGAGAACGAUGAACCACACCAACAGGAGACCAGUGGAACCCUCACUAACGUCGCUUCCAUCCUCAGAUCCCAAGAGCAACAGAACGCCGAAGCCGUUUUCGCUCAACCACUCCCUCCAAUCAAGGGUUUCAUUCCACCACCAAACACUCCAUGCUCCGAAGACUAA